AAUCAUAUUUGUUUAAAUAUACGAUAUAUAUUUUCAUGCAUAUUUACCCCAAAAAAAUAAUUAAUGGAUGUUUAUUAGGCAUAUAAAAGAAGAAUAUAGUAUGAUGGAAGCCAGAAAAAAGGUGUACUUCAAAACUUUUUCAACAUUAGUCCGUAAAGAUGCUAUUGUGGAAAUGAGGAAAAUCAUACAAGGCGAGGAAACAAAAAUUCGGGAUAGCUAUGAAGAAUCGACUGAAUGGAUACCAUCCGAAUACUUCGUGGACCUUAUCCUUCAUGAUGCUGUGUUCAUUAUGCAGUUCCUUCUUACUACGCGAGUUGGACGUUCAUAUGACGAGAUUAUGGACCAAGAGUCAAUGGUUAGAAAUGAUUUAAUCUUGCUCGAGAAUCAACUUCCCUUUUUCAUCUUGGAUCGCUUGUUCAGUUCCGAUAGAUAUUUCAUGUCCGAUAUGAUGAGAUUGCAUAGAUGUCCCACCAUUAAAGAUUUCAUCUUAAAUGCUUUUGGCCUAAUAAUCGAAGAAAAUCCAAACUUCAAGCAUUUCACAGACAUGUUUCGGUACGUUUAUGAAAAAUCGCUAGACGACAUUCCAGUAUAUAUGGAAAGAACUCCCUGGAGAUGGCCACAUAACAUAGAGUUGAUGAACGCGGAUAAUCUAUCAAAGGCAGGAGUGAAAUUCAAGUCAUCAGGUCUUUUGAAUGUAUACAACCCUGUUGCCGUACCCAGGUUUACACGGAUGACGCCUCCUACGCCUAAUGAACUCAAAGACAUAAAAAGAGCGAUGUUUGGGGUGUUUUCGUUGCAUGUGGAGUUUAAGAAAGGUAGAUUAACGAUGCCGAGUUUUCGUGCUAAUGAAUGGUUUGAUAUGGUUCUAAGAAAUGUAAUAGCAUUUGAGCAGUGCCAUGUUUCCCUAACACCCUUUACUACCAACUACAUACAUUUCUUAAACUUCCUAAUUACUUCCGAUAGAGACGUCGAGGUACUCAGCGAAGAAGGGGUGGUAACAAACAAUUUGGGACGGGUGAGCUUGGUGGUGGACAUGGUGAACAACUUACAGGUUGGUGUGAAAGUAGGGACCAACUCCCAAUACUUCUACAUGGCCAAGGAUCUUAGAGCUCACUGUAAAUCUCGAAGAAAGAGGUGUUGGGCGACUCUCAGAAAAGUCUACUUUAGCGACUUAUGGACCGGAACAGCAACUUUAGCCGCAGCGUUUCUCUUGCUUUUGACUCUGGUCGGAACGGUUGCUUCUGUCAUCCAAGCUUACGAAAGCUUCAAGUAACUACAUAUGCUUUAUCGUCCAAAACUUAUUUCCAAGUUUUCCUUUAAGCUUAUUCAUGUACUUUGGUCACUGGUUGUUCAUUUCUCAAAAAGAUUGUGUUUUUAACACGGGACAAGACUACGAAAUUUAUAUAUUAUUCCUCUCGGCCAAAAGUCUAUGGAUUAUUUCCAUGCCACGAACCACAAAGACUAGGUGCCCAAACCCGGAAAUAUAUUACUCUAUGUAUA